AUGAAUGAUGCCUCCCCUUCAGCCUCAGACCACGCCCCUCAUGACCUUAACGACGACGCCUCGAACGCUCAUGGGAUAGCCUCCGCCGCCGCCGCCGUGGCUGCAAAUAAUGAUGACGACUCCGUGCAGCGGAAGCGACGCAGACAGCGAGAGCAGAAGGCGGCGUUCUUAGAUCAUCUCAUCCGGAACAUUGAUAUCAUCUUCUACUGCCAACUGUCAAUCCUCUAUUAUAUGGAUAUCUCGCUCUUCAAAUUCCUUUUGCGUGCUUUACCGCACUGGUUCUAUUUUACCCCUAAGCCUUCCAUAUUUCCGCCGCCGUCGCCCACACACCGUCCCUACAUCGGCAUGAUCUUUGGCAACAACAUUGUCUGCAUCAUUUUACAUCUCCUGUUGAGACCGCCAGCUGCCGGGGAAGCCACGAGGGGUUAUUUACUCGGCGGACUAUUGAUUGACUUUGUGGGCCAGGAGAGUCCGGUCAGCAAAUGGAAAUUAUUGGGUCUGGAUACAUUGGUUUUAGCUCUGCAGGUCCUAAUCCUGGCCGUUACACUUGAGAGGAAGAAACUUGCGGUUGAAAACGGAGACGUUUUGGUAGAAGAGGUUGAAGAAGCGAGACAGGAUCAUGAUUCGGAGGAAAGAGGAAUGCUGAGGCGGGACGACACAGUUCAGGACGGCAUUGAGCUCCAAAAUAUACGGCAUACUUCGUCUGGUCGAACAGGAGGCGAUGAGGACAGAGAGCGAGAUGAAUUACUUGAAUCUGACGAAAGCACUGAGCCGCGAGAUCAACACCCUUUGGAUCCCUUCAUCACCGGCCAGGCAGUCAUCGCAAAUGUACGUGUCAUCGAUACUAUCCGCUCGCAGUGGCUCACUGCGGAUACUUCUGGUGAAUCGACUGCUUCAGGUGCUGCAGCUGUUGCCGCUGUUGCAGGAAGAACACUGGGCUAUCGACUAGGGGAGAGACUUCAGCAGGCUCAGUGA